UUGCCAGGUGUGCUACAUCUCAAAGGGAGUAGGCAAAGUGCACAGAUCAUGCUUCGAGUGGCCUAAGAAUCAAGUCAUCAGCUGAUUCCCUGAACCAAACGCUUCAGGAUUUGAGGAGAGAUCUGGCUGGCUUGUCCCUUUGCCCAUUCCCUAAGUUUGUUCUUCGCUAUGCAUUAAGUAACCAUCCACUGCAUGCGUUUAGAGCAAGUCUUGUUGCCUUCCUCCUCAUCGUCUUCCUCCCUGCGCCAACUCUCUCCAGCUUCAGAACUCGGUCCACUCGAGCAAAUGGCAAAGAAGACCUGCACGUUGAUUCUGAAAGUAGACCUGGAAUGCUCUCGUUGCUCCAAGAAGAUCAAGAAAACCCUAUGUAAACUCCAGGAUCGAGCGAGGAUCCAAUCCAUCGCCUACGACGAGGAAAACGGCACAGUCACUCUAUCGGGCCCCUUCGAUCCGGACUGCCUCUCCAAGAAGCUGUGCUGCAUGGCCUACAAGGUGAUCAAGGACAUCCAUAUAAAGCCCCCGCCGCCGCCUCCGCCCCAGAACCCUCCACCGACAAAGCAGCCAGACGCUCCGGCAACUGCUCAAGAUCCCAAGCCGAAGUUAGAUGCGCCCGUCGAUGCCAAACCCCCAUCGUCCAAGCCGCCCGACUUGGUUUACCUUCCGGUUUUUCCGGCUUGCUUCUGCCGAUGUUCUUGCUCCGAGGCACACCAUGGCUGCUGCUGCAGGUGCUGCUCUUGCGGGAAGAUGCGGAGCGAUCCACCGCCGGUCUACGGCGGUUCGUACUGCCAAGAAAUCAGGAUCGUCUUCGAGCAGGACCCACCAAAUGCGUGCAUUAUCAUGUAGUUUUUGCGAGUCUUCCUUCUUCCAUGUGCACUUUUCUUCGAUCUUGUUUCAUCUUGCUGAGCUGCUGAAUGAGGACAAUAAGUGAUGAAUGACAUGAAUAAGACGAUGAUGAUUCAGAGAUCACUGAUCUGAUGUGUUCUUCGUAAUCGUGACAGUGAGAAGAAGAGUUCAAGAACCAUUGGUUAAGGGAAAACUUGUCUCGUUGUUUGACUGUCAUUCUUUGUGUGUAUUUGCCUCGACAUGGGCUACACGCUUAUCUUAUUAA